GCUCCUCGCCCACCUGGCAUUACUCACUCACUCGGACCACAUUGAAGGCUGCUGUGAGAAGCUACAGAAAAAAAAGGCUGACACUACACAACACAUUUUCUUUCAAAGGACUAUCCACUAAGAAGCUACAAUGCGUGAAUGUAUCUCUGUCCACGUAGGCCAGGCUGGUGUCCAGAUGGGGAACACCUGCUGGGAGCUCUACUGUCUGGAACACGGCAUCCAGCCGGACGGUCACAUGCCUGUCAACAAGCCUGUGGGAGGCCACGACGACUCCUUCACCACCUUCUUCAGUGAGACUGGGGCCGGGAAGUAUGUCCCCAGAGCGAUCUUUGUUGACCUGGAACCCACUGUCAUUGAUGAGGUGCGCACGGGAGAGUACCGUCAACUCUUUCACCCUGAACAGCUGAUCUCAGGAAAGGAAGAUGCAGCCAACAACUAUGCCCGUGGACACUACACCAUUGGCAAAGAAAUCAUUGACUCUGUGCUAGACAGAAUCCGCAAACUGGCUGAUCAGUGCACUGGUCUCCAAGGCUUCCUGGUUUUCCACUCCUUUGGCGGAGGCACUGGCUCAGGUUUCACCUCCCUGCUGAUGGAGAGACUCUCUGUUGACUUUGGCAAAAAGUCCAAGCUUGAGUUUGCCAUCUAUCCAGCCCCCCAGGUUUCCACAGCAGUGGUGGAGCCGUACAACUCCAUCCUGACCACCCACACCACCCUGGAGCACUCUGACUGUGCUUUCAUGGUGGACAACGAGGCCAUCUACGAUAUCUGCCGCAGGAACCUUGAUAUUGAACGCCCGUCAUACACCAACCUGAACCGCCUCAUCAGCCAGAUAGUCUCAUCCAUCACAGCCUCCCUUCGCUUUGAUGGUGCCCUGAAUGUUGACCUGACAGAGUUCCAGACCAACUUGGUGCCCUACCCUCGUAUCCACUUCCCUCUGGCGACCUAUGCUCCAGUCAUCUCUGCUGAGAAAGCUUACCAUGAGCAGCUGUCUGUUGCUGAGAUCACAAACGCCUGCUUUGAGCCAGCCAAUCAGAUGGUGAAGUGUGACCCUCGUCAUGGUAAAUACAUGGCCUGCUGUCUGCUGUAUCGUGGUGAUGUGGUGCCCAAAGAUGUCAAUGUGGCCAUUGCUGCCAUCAAGACCAAACGCACCAUCCAGUUUGUGGACUGGUGCCCCACAGGCUUCAAAGUGGGCAUCAACUACCAGCCUCCAACCGUGGUUCCUGGAGGAGACUUGGCUAAAGUGCAGAGGGCUGUGUGCAUGCUGAGCAACACCACGGCCAUCGCUGAGGCCUGGGCCCGUCUUGACCACAAGUUUGACCUCAUGUAUGCCAAGAGAGCCUUUGUCCACUGGUAUGUUGGAGAGGGCAUGGAGGAGGGAGAGUUCUCAGAGGCCAGAGAAGAUAUGGCAGCCCUGGAGAAGGAUUAUGAAGAGGUCGGCAUCGACUCAUUUGAGGAAGAUGAGGAAGGAGAGGAAUAUUAGACAGGAGUAGCUGUCGUCUGCUAUCUAUGUUGGUUCCAAAUUGAGAAAUAUUUGUUUUGGUUUUUUAAUUUAACCUUUUUUUUUAAUUAAGAACUACCUACCUGCCUAAAGCCAAAGGUUAUUUCUUUGUUGUGCAACAAAAUUAUUGUUUUUGAUGGGACAUAAGUAACCAGAAGUUUGAAACCUGUGUUGUUCUCAAUAAAUCUUUUCAACCAUCAAGCA